CCGGCACGCAUCCGUUCGUUGGUGGUUUGACGCUCACAGAGUCGCUAGCACGCCCGUGCGCUGCCGGUGCGGUGGAAAUAAAACGCAGCAAAUUGCGAAAAUAAUAAAAAAAUAUACAAUUCGAAUUUCGAACGCGGCGUUUUUUUUUUCAAUUGGGAUUAUACUGCUGGCCACUGAAUCACCAUCAUCCUCGUGUUAGUCCCGGUAGCGUUGCGUCCUGACUCCUAACCUUUCUGCGGUGGAGCCCGAGGUCCGCUUUUGACCACGUCCUUGGAUUGGAUCGUAACGAUACACACGACUGUGCAAGGAUGAUGAAGAUAGGAGAGGAAUAAAAUUAAUUCUUUAAAGUUUAAACGAUUAGAUAAAUUGUUUAUUGAACGGUUCAAUAUAAUGUCGAACUACGAAGUGACUGUUGACAACAAUAUGAACAAGACUGAAGCAAAUAACAAGGACAAAUCAAGCAAAGACGUAGAGAGGGGGGCAAGAGUUGACGACGAGUCUUCAACAUCGUGGGGGAAAAUCAUCGUGAUGAUCAUUGCGUUGGGUGUGCUUGCGGCGGCGUGCGCUGUGGCUUGGGUCUACGACAGCUGGCAGACCAGCCUGCAGGUCCUGGCCAUUCUUGUCGCCGUCUACAUCAUCAUAUUCUUCUAUAGAUGGAUAUACGUCGCUAUCUUGACUGCUCCCAGGGAUUUCAAGGCUCUCUACUGCUACAUAAGAAUAUUGUUGUUAACACGGUCUCUGAACAAGAAGAACUGGUCAAUGCCAGACAUUUUCCAUCAACAUGUGAAGAAACAUCCCAAAAAACCAUGUUUCUUGUUUGAAGAGGAAUCAUGGUCUUUUGAAAAGGUGGAAGAGUUCAGUCUCCGCGUGUCCGCUGUGCUCAAGAAGCAGGGCGUAAAGAAGGAAGAAGUGGUGGCCGUGAUGAUGAACAACUGUCCCGAACUGCCGGCCACUUGGCUGGGAAUCGCCCGUAUCGGCGGUGUAGCGCCUCUUAUCAACACCAAUCAAACUGGCAACACUUUGCUGCACUCUAUCAAUAUUGCCCACUGCACCUGCGUUAUCUACGGCUCUGAAUUUGAAUCUGCAUUCCAAGAAAUAUCAAAAGAGCUCGAUCCUUCAAUAAAAUUGUACAAAUACACACGUCGCCCACAAAACACGUCAGCUGAUUCAGUCAAAGUGGUAGACUCUCCAGAUGACUUUACCUCCUUACUGGAGACGACGCCGCCUGCGCCCUGGUCUUUAUCUGAAGGAGGUGGUUUCAACUCCAAGCUCCUUUAUAUUUACACAUCUGGCACUACUGGGCUACCAAAAGCUGCAGUUAUAUCGUCUUCAAGAAUGGUAUUCAUGGCAUCCGGUGUGUUCCAUCUGGGUGGUUUGAAGAAGUCAGAUAUAAUUUACUGUCCUAUGCCUCUGUAUCACUCUGCGGGAGGCUGCAUCAGUAUAGGACAGGCAUUCAUCUUUGGAUGCACCGUCGUUAUCAAAGCCAAGUUCUCUGCGUCGGCUUACUUCAAGGACUGCAUCAAAUACAAAGCGACGGCAGCUCAUUACAUCGGCGAGAUGUGUCGCUACAUCUUGGCAACGCCACCGUCUCCCAUUGACAAGCAGCAUAAAGUUCGGGUGGUCUAUGGCAACGGGAUGAGACCUGCUAUCUGGACAGAUUUCGUGAAAAGGUUUAACAUAAAGAGAGUCAGCGAAUUCUAUGGAGCUACAGAAGGCAAUGCUAACAUAGUGAACGUGAACAACAAGACUGGAGCGAUAGGUUUCGUGUCCCGGAUCAUUCCCGGCGUGUACCCCAUCGCCAUCCUCAAGGUGGACCAAGAUACAGGAGAGCCCAUAAGGAACUCUAAAGGACUGUGUCAGUUGGCGAAACCAAACGAGCCAGGAGUGUUCAUUGGCAAGAUCAACCCGAAUUUACCGUCUCGAGCUUACCUUGGCUAUGUAGACAAGUCGGCGUCAGAAAAGAAGAUUGUUCGAGACGUUUUUGAAUUCGGAGACUCUGCAUUUAUAUCAGGCGACAUCCUGGUGGCGGACGAGCUGGGCUACCUGUACUUCCGCGACCGCACCGGAGACACGUUCCGCUGGCGCGGGGAGAACGUCAGCACCACAGAGGUGGAAUCCGCCAUCUCCAAGUUCAUUGAUCAGAGAGAUGCUGUUGUCUAUGGCGUUGAGGUGCCAGACACCGAAGGUCGUGCUGGCAUGUGUGGCAUCGUAGACCCUACAGAGACGUUAGACCUGGAUAAAUUGGCCAAGGAUAUGGCGAAGGAUCUGCCUAAGUACGCCAGACCCAUCUUCAUCAGGGUUAUGACGAGCGUGGAUAUGACUGGAACAUUCAAGAUGAGGAAGGUGGACCUAGUCAAAGAAGGGUUUAACCCAGCGGUAGUCAAAGACAAGCUGUUCUAUUUCGACCCCAAGCUUAACAAAUACGUUCCUUUAGACCAAGAGGUGUACGACAAACUUGUGUCUGGACAAAUUAGACUGUGAUUUUAAUUUAGUUAGGUAUAGGCGUAAAUGGGGAUUUAUGAUAAGUUGGUAAUUUAUUACAAUUAUGAAUGUUGAAAUUUCAGAUGUGAUAAUUAAUAUGUAGUUAAUAAAAUUCGGUGGGUAGUUUAACUACAAUUGUAGAAAUUUUGAUACCUAUUGUACAAAGUGUGUCUUUUCAAGACUCUUGGCUCUGUCUACCCCGCAAGGGAUAUAGACGUGACCAUAUGUAUGUAUGUAUGUAUUGUACAAAGUUAAACAUAACCACAUAUAAAGUAAAAUGACAUUUAAAGUAAAAACGUGUAAAGAGGCGUAUAAAUAGUGUAAGCGUGAUCGCCUGCUGUUUAUAUACGAGUAUUAUAUUGUCUUUGGUAGACGCAUUUCCUAGGUACUAUUGUUUUAUGCAACAUCCUGUAAAAUAUUGUAAAUACAUUAAUCAUCAUGAAAUAUGAUAAUUAUUGGUAAAAUUUGAGUUCGAUUAUUAUUAAAAGUCAAUAAAUAAUAAUAACACAUGGUGCCGGAUAAUCACAAAAUUAUCUUCAGACAUCACCAAUUAAUGUGUAUCUAAUGGUUUAAUGUCUGCUAUUUUGCGUGUCUUAUUAUUAUAGAGUAGGUACCUACUCCUCUAGAACCUGUGAAAAAGUCCUAAAGAUUCACAUUGUACCAUUCCUUACCAUACUUGCCACCUACCUACUAAAAUGAGCGUAAGGUGUCUAAGUAUUUUUAAUAACGUAAUUUUUCGUAUAAAUUUAACCAAUUCAACUAUUAUUUCUUAUUUGUAUAUAAGUAGGUAGUUUAAUAUGUAAUCACGUCAGUUGUAAAAUAUAUUUAUAGGCAUUUAAAAAGUUUUAUUUUAAAAAGUUUAGUAAUUAUUUUUGUACUUAAUGCAUUUUUUAUUUAUAGAUAGUUUGAAAUUAUAUUAUUACACUGUGCAAUA